GAAUCUCUAGCUCAAGGAAACGAAUCAUCAUAAUGGCACACUCAUCUGUCAGCGCCAAUCUGGCUGUCUCCAACCUCUUCGAUGUCAGCAAUCAUGUCGUGCUCGUCACUGGUGGCGCUACUGGAUUGGGUGAGAUGGGAGCCCAGGCCUUCAUCCAGAACGGAGCACAUGUGAUCAUUGCGAGCAGAAAGAAGAGCGAACUCGAAAAGACUUCUGCAAGACUGAACAAGCUCGGCCCGGGAAAGUGUGAUUAUAUUGUCGCGGACUUGAAGGACAAGGCUGGUGUUCAAGCACUCUGUGCCGAAGUCAAGAAGAAGACUGAUAGACUGACUGUUCUGCUGAACAACUCUGGUGCCACAUGGGGCGCGCCAUACGACGACUUCCCCGAAUCCGGCUGGGACAAACUCAUGGCUCUCAACGUCAAAUCCAUCUUCUACACAACUGUUGGUCUCCACGACCUUUUGGUCAAGGGCGCCACAGCAGACAACCCUUCCCGCGUCAUCAACAUUGCCUCCAUGGCAGGUAUCACAACUGUCGAUGUCACGACCGGCGAAGAAGGCGGUCUCGCAGCACCAGGCUCCGGAACAUUCUCCUACGGACCCUCCAAGGCUGCCUGCAUCCAUCUCUCGAAGAUGCAAGCGAGCAAGCUCAUGCCAGAUCAUGUCACAGUCAACUGUAUCUGUCCUGGUGUGUUCCCAUCGCGAAUGACGGCUUUCGGAAUGGAAUCUGCGCUGGACACGCUGGUUUCUGGUCAGCCAAGCGGGAGAGUAGGAAAGCCGGAUGAUUUUGGUGGAUUGGUAUUGUUUUUGGCCAGUCGUGGUGCGGCACACAUGACUGGUAAUGUGUUGGAGCUGGACGGAGGUGCUACGCAGAGCGGGUUUAGGAGUCGAGGAAAGGGAAAGUCGAAGGAGAAGUUGUAGAUGAAGAAAAGGCAAUGUAUGAGAGGUGAGAGUUUCUCUCAAUCGUGAUGUCUGACACCAGAAUGUCAUCGCCGCUGCAGCCGGGCUUCCCAGCAGUAGUCCUAGACUGCAUGCAGUACAUAGCCGCCAUUGUACCUAUACUGCUGCCG